AGGAACAGCUGAGCGGAGGGAGAAGAGGCGAUUAACACAACGGCAGCGCGAAACGCAGGAGGCGACAUGGCUGAUCAGAAGGAAGCUUUGAGAAAAAUCACCACCACCUUGGCACUGAAGAAUGAGGAAAUUCAAAACUUUGUGUGCACUGUGAAACAAACCCUGCAGAACCUGGAGGGAAACGCCACCCGUGUGCAGCAGGACCUGGAGGCAGAGUUCAGCUCUCUGUACUCUGUGCUGGAUGAGCUGAAGGAGAACAUGGUGACCCGCAUCAAGCAGGAGAGAGCCAGCCGCAUCUAUGAGCUGCAGAGCCAGCUGACGGCGUGCACCAAGGCGCUGGAGAGCUCAGAGGAGCUGCUGGAGCUGGCCAAUCAGACGCUGUGUUCGGCCGAGACUGACAGCUUCAAUCAGGCUGCCAAAGAGAUUAAGGAUAGUGUGACCAUGGCCCCUGCGUUCCGUCUGUCCCUGAAGCCAAAGGUCAGUGACAACAUGAGUCACCUGAUGGUGGACUUUUCCCCUGAGAGGAACAUGCUGCUGGCCCUCAAAUUCCUGCCAGUGCCCGGGACCCCAGAGAUCCAGCAGUUGGAAUGCCUGGUGUGUGAUAACAAUGUCCGGGUAGUGUGGACGGUUCCUGAGCCCGAUUCCAAGAUUGACCACUACAUCCUGGAGUACCGUCGCACCAACCACCCGGGGCCACCACGCGCCAAAGAGGAACAUCCCUGGAUGGUGGUGGAGGGCAUCCGCGACACCGAGUACACCUUGACAGGUCUGCGGUUCGACACGCAAUACAUGACGUUCCGUGUGAAGGCGUGUAACAAGGCUGUGGCCGGGGAAUUCUCAGAACCCAUUACCUUGGAAACAAGCGCCUUCCUGUUCAAGCUGGACGCUGCCUCGGCCCACCAGAACCUGCGAGUGGAAGAGCUUAGUGUGGAGUGGGAUGCCACGGGCGGGAAGGUCCAGGACAUCCGCAAGGACAAGAACCGGACCGGGUCGCCCAUGCAUUCUCCUGCCAGGACAGCGGCGAUGUCUCCCAAGAGAGCGCCCUCGUCUCGGGGGGGCCGAGACCGGUUCACCGCGGAGUCCUACACUGUCCUGGGGGACUUGGCAAUUGAGGGGGGGCAGCAGUACUGGGAGGUGCGCUUUGACCGCGACAGUAAGGCAUUUGCGGUGGGCGUGGCGCUGCGCUCGCUGGGCCGCUUCGACCAGCUGGGGAAGAGCAGCGCCUCCUGGUGUCUGCACCUCAACAACUGGCUGCAGCUCAGCUUCACCGCCAAGCACAACAACAAGGCGCGCAGCCUGGAGGGACCCGUGCCAGACCGCAUCGGGGUCUACUGCAACUACGAGGAGGGCCUGCUGUCCUUCUACAAUGCCAGAACCAAGCAGCUGAUCCACACCUUCAGAUCCAGAUUCACCCAACCUGUAGUUCCUGCGUUCAUGGUGUGGAAUGGCAGUUUUUCGGUGCAGACGGGGCUGCAGGUGCCCAGCGCUGUGCAGUGCCUGCAGAAGAGGAACAGCGGCACCAGCAGCUCCAACGCCAGCCUCACCUAGUGCCCACUGGAUCGGGCUAGAACCACUGCAGAACCUCAUCCAGACCCGGCCCUGGGUGCUGUCCGGGGCUGCUCCUGACACUAACCUCGCUCAGCCCAAGCCAGCUCAUCACACAGACCUGGUCUCUGCAGAACAUCAAUCAGAACCAGCGCUCCUUAACAUCUGAUCCACAACACUCUGCCUGUGACUCUGACAGGGGAGGAAUACAGUCUGUCUCACCUCAGUUUUUCACCAUGGCUGGCCAAUGUGUUGUGCCUUUUAAGUAGUAACAUAUAUUUUUAAUCUUAAUAGUCUUGAAUAAUUAUUGUAGUGGGUCUCAGUAUGAGCACGAAUAUCACAAUCUAGGAUGAUCUUUUUGAGGCUACAUAGUCCCUUAUCCCUUGAGUCAGAGGGGUGAAGCUGAGCUGAAAGAGACUGAUGCUUGUGGGGAUUGGAGGGGAAAGGUCUGGCAUCCUGUUUAACUGCUUCGUAUGUUUGAAAAGGACUGGCAGGGGGAGGUGGAUGUGGUUUUGUAAAGGUUGUGCUGAAUUCUGAGAGGAAUUUGUGAAAAUGAAUUUUGCCUUCAUUUUGUGUGAUAUGUUUCCCCCUGGUGGCUGUAAACGGUCAAUGUUUAGUCAUGCGACUUGGGGAUAUUGGAUCAGUGUGCCGCACAAGGUGUGUUUGAUAGAGGAUGUUUUGAUUUAUGGGAGGGGAAUACUGCUGUGGUAACCAGUAUUAACACCUGUCAUCCUAAUUUAUUAAAGAUGACUCUUCAUGACAAGCACUAAAGUGAUUAUUCCUGCUCUUUCAGAAAGAGACAGGUGUGGUGUGAAUGUAAUUUGGUUUGUAGGCUCACAUUGCUUUUUGGUCAACUUCAAGCCUAGGAUUUUUAAAUUUAUUUAAAGGAAAAAAUAAACUGCUCACCUGUAAA